AGUGUGACGUCAGUGAGCAGUCACACAAGCAUGUCGGGACCUUUCCUGUCGGUGCGUGACCUGUAGACGGUAUUUCGUAAUUCGCUGAUUUUCUGUAUGUGCGAAGAAGAUAAUCAUAUAGUGUGAGAUUCGAAACUAUUGUCGAUCCGUUAUUUGUCACAGAAAUGUCAGAAAAAUACGAGUAAAAUAUAUUACGCGAGUGUACCGCGGCAUUUUGACGUCGGCACAGCUGAUGGCGCGAAAUCGAAGGAAAGUGAAGUUAGUCGCAGACGCGUCGAACGCGAAGAGCCGUCUUUCUCGCCAAAACGCGUGUGUGUUGUCUAUAGAAUAGUGCCUUACAAUUUGCGAUUUCGUGCACACGUAAAGUGGAAAUUUGCGACGAAACGUUGUUGACACACGGAACUGUUUACGCACCACUCUUCGCUACACGACCUUGCUAUUGUCAUGAGAUGUGUCGUGUGUGUCGUGACAUUUUAGAGUCGCAGAUUAAUUUCGCUGUUGUGAAGGAAAGUGAGUGAUGUCGUCAGUUAACCUAUAUAUGUGUACCUUAUAAUUCGCGAGUUUCCGCGAAGAAAAAAAUUAAAGAUUCUAUCGGAAAUUCCGAAUCAAAUAUACGCAUACAACGUCAAUAUAGCGCGACACGUUCGAAACGUAUUAUUUUAUGUCGCUUGGCAUAUGUGUUCGAACUGUCGAUUUUCGUGAGUGUUCGUGCAAAUGCAAGGUCGAAAAUCGGGAAAGCAGGGUGAAUGAAACUACGGAGAUUCUACGUAGCAUGGAUCGACGAGGAUGAUGUUUCCCUAGACAAAUGGACAAGAGAGGUUAUCGUCAUUCGAUGCUGGUCGUGACAGGAUGCAGUGAAAUGUAAGCGGAUCACAUCGGUGGGCCAGCGAGGAGAUAAGGACCCGGCCAUCCUCCCUUGAUUUGCCUUUCGAUAUUAUCUGCAAGCUGAUGUAUCUUGGCGACGGUGGAUUCAGCUCCGCAUCGGCUCGAUCGAAGUACCGCAGUCUCCCUUCAACGACGGUGAAGGGUCAGUGCGCGUGACUAGUGGGUUAGCGAAAAAUGCGAUAGAAACGAAGGAGUACGUAAGAUCGUGCUGUAAGAAGAAGAAGAAGAAGAGGUACAAGAAGAAGGGAAACGAGAGGGAGUUUAUCGCCGAAUGAAAGAGCAUCAUGUACUCAAUCGUACCAGCUUGGUGGCGGUGGGCUACCCUUUUCGGGACGAUGUUGCUGUUGUUGCUAUCUUGGGGCGCGGGUGCAGCAGAGGGCUGCCCGAGUAUGUGUGCAUGCAAGUGGAAAGGCGGGAAAGAGUGGGUAGAGUGCGCGAAUCGUAGUCUCAAGGGAUUACCGCAGGGUGCCCGCGAGGAAACACAAGUGCUCGACCUUUCUGACAAUCAGUUGGUCAAGCUACCGGCGGAAUGUUUCUUGGUACUCGGCUUAAUUAACCUCCAACGGCUCUAUUUGGGUAGAUCUCACAUUGUCGAGAUUGCCUCUCAGGCGUUUGUUGGACUGGUCGGCCUGGUAGAAUUGGAUCUGUCCGAAAAUAAAAUCAAAGAGGUGCCCACGGAUACGUUCGCAUCUUGUACAAGUCUAAUGAGACUUACGUUAAGCGGAAAUCCGAUUAAAGAGAUUCGCCAAGAUGCGUUUCGUCGUCUGAUGCACCUGACUUAUCUGGAAAUUAGCAAAUGUGAAAUAAAAGUCAUCGAGCAAGGCGCUUUUGAAGGUCUUCAGUCACUAGAGUGGCUUCGUCUGGACGGCAAUCGACUUGUUUACGUGCCUGAUCGCACAUUGCCGCUAGGGGGAAAUCUCAGGGGACUGACUCUUCAUAACAAUCCGUGGCAAUGCAACUGCAAGUUGAGAAUAAUGCAGGCUUGGCUUAAGGAAUCAGCUCCGGUAGCUCCGCAGGAAUCUGAACCAGUCUGCGAGUCUCCGGAGAGACUGCACGGUAGACAAAUCAAGAGCCUCAAGAUCAACGAACUGGCUUGUCUGCCUCGCAUCGAUCUUCAAAAUCGUUUAGAGAUUUAUGAAGGCGGGAAUGUUAGUCUGACAUGCAAUGUUCACGCGAUACCUACUGCCAAAGUCAUCUGGUUGUUUAACGGAGAACCAUGCGAAUUGCAGAAUGAGAAUGAUUCUGUAACCAAUGGGAUUUCCGCGUUUCCAAGAUAUAUUUAUCGACAACGAGGCGGGACCAACAUGAGCAGCACGUUGUUUCUUUACUCGGUCGAAUCGUUCGAUGAAGGUACUUAUAGUUGCAUUGCGGAGAACAGUGCAGGUUCUACGGUGGCGAACCUCUCUCUCUUCGUGCUCUUUCGUGAAAAAUCCACCGUGGAGCCGCCCUUCGACAAUCCUGGUUCCGGCUACGUGGCUGCGAUAGCGGCGGGCGCCCUAGUAGGCACUCUCUUGGCAUUGGGAUGUCUGAUAGGUAGUGUAAUAUAUUGCGCAAAGAAACGACGUCGCGACCGGAAACGCAACUCAAAGGCCCUGGUGACUCAAAGCAAAUCAGUGUUGCCGAUCACAAAAGAUACCACUAGCGGCUCUUGUCGAAAAGGUAACGGCAGUCUGAUCGGCUUAGAGCAUCAGCAGAUGGUGUCAUAUACCGAACGUGAAAUCAACCGAGCAGCUACUUUGGAGCAUCGGGAACACUCUAGGAACGCGUAUCCGAUGGCAAGUCCGGUCGCUAAGUACCUGACCGAGCCAGAUUUGAUUAAUGAGGUGCCUGAAAGCACCGAAGUGGGUUAUGGUCAACUAUACGGACGGCAUCACCAGCGAGUCGGUGCCGAUCGACAAAUCUUGGAAUACGACUCGGGCUAUCCGCUGCAGCCCGAUCUACGACCGCCGCCAGUUUUACCGCAGAUGAGUUACCUAGAUCAGGACGGCUAUCCGCUGAACUUUGGUCUGCCUAAGAUCUCUUUCAGCACCGCUAGCACUUUGCCUAGGCUUCGGCAACGAAUGACGGAGCCUGGCUCGGCGGCUGCGCCAGCGGCCAGGUAUUCGCGCGAGGCAGAAUUUCUCGCGAGGUCACCGGGAUAUGACCCUGUUUUACCACGAACCGAUGCCAGGUACACCGCAGAGGGCUAUCCCUUUCCGGUGCAUCAACAGCAACAACCAUUGUUGCAAUCAACAAUGCAGCCGCCGUCUCUACCGAUUCAGCCGGUCGAGCAACCAAUUCAGCAACAGCUACCCAUUCAAUCGCCAGUUUCACCAGUCUUCCCGGAAGUACCCUUUAUACCGUCACCUCCGGCGGCUUACAGGGGUGAAACCACCCCUUUAUCGCCGAGAUCCCUUCUCGGAAAGACUGCUCGCGAGGCCGCGGCUGCCGCUGCCGCGAGGGCGGAGGAGCUGCAACCACCAAAUCAUCCGGAAAGCCCUGACGAGGGUUACGUGGGAGACGCUAUGGACGUUUGAAAAAUUGCCAAUGACGAUAAGGGAAAUAAUCGUCAGUUCUGAAAAGCGUGGAAGAUACGUUUCUGGUCUAUCGUUGAAUAAGAUUGACGUUCACUUUUUGUAAUUCUAUCCAACCUUCGUUUUCUAUGAAUCUAUACUGAAGAAAAAAAUUGACUGGAUCGAUUUCUCUGCAAAAAGUCUACUGCCGUUUAACUUACUCGAAAAUGAAAAGAUAGAAAAAGAUAGUAUUUUGUACGAUUAUGUAUUUUCUUAUUCAA